CACAGAAGUUGUGCGAGCAUCUCCGCACCAAUUUCCGACAAUGGGCAAUUCCUGCUUUGGCUUCAAGGAAAAGCUGAUGCAGCGGCUGCGGCCUCUGCCCACUCUGCUGAUCAUCCGCGCCUUCGUUCCGCAGAGAAGAAACAAAGAUUACUGCGUGGUGAUCCUGGGCUCCACAGGCGUUGGCAAGAGUGCACUGGUGAAGAGAUGGGUGCGCGGCAACUUUCGCGACAAGUAUGUACCAACCAUGGAAGACACCUACCACCAGGUCCGCAGCGGCAAUCGCGGCACCGGCACGCUGCAUAUUACCGACACGGCUGGCGGUCAUCGCUACCCGGGUUUGCAGCGCCUCGCCAUUGCCAGGGGCCAUGCCUUCAUCCUGGUCUACUCGGUCACCAAGAAGCAAACCCUGGAGGAGCUGAAGCCCUUCUAUGAGCUGAUCCGCGAGAUCAAAGGUAGAAACCUGCGUAAGUAUCCUAUCGUGCUGGUCGGCAACAAAUGCGAUGACAGUCGCCGCCGAGAGCUGACGGCGAGGGAUGGCGCUGCCUACGCGAUGGAGUGGAAUUGCGCCUUCCUGGAGACCUCUGCCAAGAAGGAUGUCAAUGUGCAGGAGCUGUUUCUCCACGCGAAGAAGCCCACCACCUGCCUCCAGCCUAACCAGAAGAAAUCCCAGAUGCCCAAGGUGGCCGAGAAGCUGCUCGGCAAGUGCAUCGUCAUGUGAGCCCUGAGUUUUAGGAGCCCCGACCUUCUCCGACAGUGUACAGAAAACGUGGACCAAUGUCAGUGUAAUGUGUCACCUGUACAUGACUGACUUUUGUGCUGUGGUUUGGGUUGUAACAGCUAGACGUCAAUAAAUGUCCCUCGUAGUUAAAUUUUUUUCUUUUUCCCAGGCAAGAGAAUUCUGAUUGUUACAACAUUGAUAUUGGAGGAAGAGGGGAGGAAAGGAGCACGGUGCGUUUAAGGAAUAAGACUUGACUGACGUCAGAGAUUAAUGUUUGCAAAAGAGAAAGAAAUAGUAAAAUGAAUUGAAAGAUGCCACAACCCUUCUUGUAAUCCUGUUGUCGUGUAUUUUUAAAUAUUUCAAGUCCUGUAAACACCUAAUCAGAUCUUUCCAUUGUGUACGUAAUUGUUAAGAUGUGUUUUUGCAACAAAAGCUUUGACAGAUGACUGUGAGAUAAAUAUACUUAAUAAGAUAAAUAAAUGAAUAUUCUACAACUGAGCAUUGAAGGUGGGGCAGAGAAAAUGAUGAAAGUGGAACCUGCUUACUAAAGAUGUGCCAGUUUCCUAAGUCAUUUAAA